CAACAUUUCCCAGCCUCCAUUUUUCAUUUUAUCAUAAUACACAGUUUACAAGUGCAAAAUCAAGAAUGAAGAAGCUGUUAAGUUUCGCAUUAUCAACUCUGUUGGCAGCACACUUAUGUAUCAUCCAAGGUGUCACUGCAGCUGCCUGUCGAGGGGAUCUUCAUGUCAAAACUCAAGAGGACAUGGAUCAAGUCCGCACCUGUAAGACCUAUGGUGGCAGUAUCAUUGUUGAUAACACAGCCAUUACAUCCUUGAAAAUGAACACUGUUGAAUUACUUGAAGGAGAUCUCAUUAUCACCAAUAACAGUGCUCUUCAACGAUUACAAAUACCGUCCCUUCAAGGAAUCAAUGGCCAGUUCAAGAUGGUGAAUAAUAAACUAUUGAAUAGUCUUGAAGUACCUCAACUCUACGCUACACGUGAGCUUGAGAUAUCUAUUCAUCCAGCCCUGAAUGAUCUUGCUUUCACUUCCGGUUUGACGCAGGUUGAAAAAUUGAAAAUUGCCGAUACGACCAUUACGAAAGUCGAUGGACUUAAAAUGUCAAACUGCAAAGAACUUGAGAUUUCUAAUAACAACUACUUAAAAUCCUUAUCACUCACGAAUGCUACUGCCAUUGGCAGUAUGCUCAUUUCUGCCAACUCACCGGCGAUUCGAGUGGAUAUUGAUAACCUGAGUACGUUACAUGAUGCAACAUUCCGUGACGUCGCAGAACUCUCUAUGAAGAACUUGAAAAAAGUCAGUGGUGAUAUGUCGUUCAUCUCUAACUCUUUUGAAAAUCUACAGUUGCCUCAGACGAGUGAAAUAGCUGGUACUUUAACGCUCACUGAUAAUUUGCGCCUUUACAAUCUAUCCAUGCCACAAUUGAUGCACUUGGGAGGUGCUUUGUCUGUCAGUACCAAUGAGAAGCUUGUCAACAUCAAUGCCUUCCCGUCCCUACAACAAGUGGAUGGCACUCUCGAUAUAACAGGUGGUUUCGACGAAAUUCAAUUCCCUGCUCUGCUGGAUGUUCGUGGAGGUCUAAACAUACAAACGUCAAGUCAGUCUUUCGAUUGUGACGGUAUGAACAAGCUUAGACAUGGUGUCAUCAAAGGCAACGUCUUUGUUUGUAAAGGUGCUGUAGCACAACCAGAAUCAAGUCUCAAAGGAUUUGGUGGCGCUAACAGGGGAACCGUUAAGCUUGAAAGCUUUUCAGAAAGGGUGUCGCCUCUACAAUUUGGAAUUUUAUCAUCCUCUAUCAUUCUCACUUAUUUGAUAAGUUUCUCUCAACUUUUUUGGCCAUCAAUUUAA